AUGGCGGCGGAGGCUGCGCAACCCGGCCCUCGCCGCGUGGGCUUUGUGGGCGCGGGCCGCAUGGCGGAGGCCAUCGCGCGGGGCCUUAUCCGAGCAGGAAAAGUGGAAGCCCAGCACGUGCUGGCCAGUGCACCAACUGACAGGAACCUCUGUCACUUUCAGGCUCUGGGCUGCCAGACCACACAUUCCAACCAAGAGGUGCUUCAGAGCUGCUCACUCGUCUUCUUUGCCACCAAACCCCAUGUCUUGCCAGCUGUCCUGGCAGAGGUCGCCCCCGUAGUCACCUCUGAGCACAUCUUGGUGUCUGUGGCUGCUGGGGUCUCUCUGAGCACCCUAGAGGAGCUGCUUCCCCCAAAGGCCCAGGUGCUGCGGAUCUCACCCAAUCUGCCCUGCGUGGUCCAGGAGGGGGCCAUGGUGAUGGUCCGGGGCCACCACGUCCGGAGCAGUGAGGCCGAGCUUCUACAUACUCUGCUGGAGGCCUGUGGGCAGUGUGAAGAGGUGCCUGAGGCCCACGUGGACAUCCACACUGGCCUCAGUGGCAGUGGCGUGGCCUUUGUGUGUGUGUUCUCUGAGGCCCUGGCUGAAGGCGCCAUCAAGAUGGGCAUGCCCAGUGGCCUGGCUCACCGCAUUGCCGCCCAGACCCUGCUGGGAACAGCCAAGAUGCUGCUGCAGAAGGGGCAGCACCCAGCCCAGCUGAGGAUGGACGUGUGCACGCCUGGUGGCACCACCAUCCAUGGGCUUCAUGCCCUGGAGCAGGGUGGGCUGCGGGCAGCCACCAUGAGCGCCGUGGAGGCCGCCACCUGCCGGGCCAAGGAGCUCAGCAGAAAGUAGAGUGCAGGUGCUAGACAUGGGCCACAGCCCCUGGGUCCCCAGAGCAGGCCUGCCUCCCCCAUUCCCUUCUGGAUCCUUCCUGAGCACUGUGGUUCCUCUAAUCUUUAGGAGCCUUGCUGGUUAUUCCCCACUUCCUAUACAGGGAACAUGAGGGACAGGACUGGAGGGGAUCCCUCAGUAGUCCCUGCACCCAGGCACAAGGCCUCAUGGUGAUGGCCCACCGUAAGGGGUAAUGUAGGUUUUGAGGGCCUGAGCACUGGCAGUAAUGGUCAGGUGCCCGUAGCUGGCCGGUUAGCAGAGGCAUGAGCAGAGCCCCUGGCACAGGAGCAGCUGUGUGGCUGCAGUCAGCUCUGACUUGUGGGGACAUGGGAAUUUGCAUGAGACCUGCUCCCCUCAGUGAAGCCAGUGGUGCUAUGCCACUACAUCUGUUUUAUCACUACGUUGGCCUGUGACCAGGUCAGGGGGCGCUGCUCCAGGUUUAGGAGGAUGGGCCUUGGCCAGUGGGAACCACACACCUGACUUUAGCUGGGUGUUGGUCCCUCCCCCAGACCCUAAGCUCCUGGCAGGUGGCAAGUGGAGCUGGCCCUGAUGACCCUUCUUAAUCAAGUCCUAGAGGGUCCCAAGGCCUGGCCUCUGACUGCAGGACCUUGCUCUCCAGCAUAUCCAUGAACAGACCAACAGGCUGGGGACUGGGGCCCGAAGCAAGGCCUUGGGGCCUUUUGGUGGGGGGAGUCACCUGCAGCCGUCUCCUGCACUACCCCCAAGGCUCACUGAGGCCUCACUGCCUGCAAAGGCCCCAGAGGCUGGAGCUCCCCUGACUUUCCCCAGUUCCCGCUGCCACCUACCAGCUGAGGAAAGUAGUCUGUAAGGUGUCUGAGGCUCCUGCGCAACAGCUUUCCCGUGCCUGCCUGGUGGCCUUGCCAUCUGCCAUACACACAGCCCCAAGGUCUGCCCCUCCUCCGGGGCCUCCAGCCCCCACCCUAUUCCUGCCUUUGUUUGACCCUGGGCCUACCACUUGUUAGAGGAGUCAGCCUGAGAAUUUCCACAGCAGGUUUCUUUACCUGUGAAAUGGGAAUAAAGUCACUAUCUGAGA